AUGGAAAACCUUACGUCAGAUCAAUGGCGGGAGAUCGUGAACAAGAAGCUUCACUUUCCACCAGAGUUGAUUCCUGCAAUCCAAGAGGGGAACAAUGCAAUGGUGGGCAGUCUCCUUUCAUUGGGUGAUGGGAUCAUCCGUCAACUGGAUGAGUCUGAGGAUCGACUAUGGAGGGAAGCGUUGAACCUCUCCAUCCGACUGGGCAGCGAAGAAAUUAUGAAUUCCCUUCUACUGGGUGUUAAAUUUGACUUCCGUCAGAUCCACGAAGCCCUACUAGUGGCCGUCGACACCAAUCAACCUAGAGUCGUCAAACAGCUUCUGGACCGCCUGGAUCAAGAGAAAGGCAACAAGAUGGACGUGCGCUCCUUCAGUAUGGCCAUCUUCGACCACUCCAUUGACGAUUCUCAGUUUGCUCCUGGAGUGACACCACUAACUUUGGCCUGCCAGAAAGACCUGUAUGAGAUAGUUACGAUGUUGACCCAGCGAGGCCACGAUAUUCCUCUCCCUCACGCUAUUUCAUGUGCAUGCUUGGAGUGUCGUAAUGCCCGUCAGUACGAUUUGCUCAAGUUCUCGCUGUCCCGCAUAAACACUUACAGAGGCAUCGCAAGUCGCGCCUACCUGUCGAUCACCUCAGAGGACGCCAUGCUCAGUGCGUUCCACCUCAGUCAAGAGCUGCGCAAACUUUCCAAGAAAGAACCAGAAUUCAAGCCCCAGUACCUGGCUUUGGAAGAGCUUUGCCAAGAGUUUGCUGUCGAGCUUCUUGGAAUGUGCCGGAACCAGAUUGAGGUCUCCACCAUUCUGAACAGUGCUGAGGGAGACAGUGAGGAUGAAGAACUGGAUGAACAGGCGUUUGAGGAAGGCAUUCCCAACCUUGCUAGUCUUCGUCUGGCUGUCAACUACAAUCAAAAGCAGUUUGUGACUCAUCCCAUCUGCCAACAAGUGCUCUCCUCCAUUUGGUGCGGUAGCCUCUCGGGUUGGCGGGGGAGCCGAACUGCCUGGAAACUGCUGGUGUCUUUGGGGAUUUUCAUUACCAUGCCAAUCCUGUGUGUCAUUUACUGGAUCGCUCCAAAGUCCAGGCUGGGUAAAAUGUUGAAGGUUCCCGUAAUUAAGUUCCUUUUACACUCGGCUUCGUACAUGUGGUUCCUCAUCACCCUCUUGGCUGAGUCGAUCUUCAUGGAGAUCUACCGCACUGAUUUCGCCUCCCGAAAACAGAACAUUCUCCAUAACUCUCUCCACAUGAUAUGGGUUGUGGGUUUCUUCUGGUUUGAGUGUAAGGAAGUCUGGAUUGAGGGUUUGAAAAGUUACUUUCUGGAUUUGUGGAAUGUUUUGGAUAUGAUGGUGCUUAGCAUGUAUCUGGCUUCCUUCGCACUGCGUGUUCUUAUCAUGCUAAAGGGUUAUUUCCUAUGUCAAGACGCCAGCGCUCAAGACCAGUGUGACUACUUCACUAACUCAGUGCGAGAGGACUGGAAACAGGAGGAUCCUCAGUUGAUUGCAGAAACACUCUUUGCUGUGACGAGUAUGCUCAGUUUCACACGUCUCGCCUACAUUCUGCCAGCGCACGAAUCCCUGGGAACUCUGCAGAUCUCCAUGGGAAGAAUGAUCGAUAACAUGAUGAGGUUCAUGUUCAUCCUCAUGAUUAUUGGAACAGCAUUUCUGUGUGGAAUAAACAACAUAUAUGUCCCAUAUGUUGCGUCUCCACAUCUCGGCAGAUUCAAUGAAACAUUUAACUUCCUCUUUUGGACCAUGUUUGGAAUGGCGAACCAAGAAUAUGUGGACAUGCACGAUUACGUUUUGGCUGAGUUUGUGGGAAGGAUCUUCUAUGGGAUAUUUACACUCCUCAUUGUGAUAGUGCUGUUGAACAUGCUCAUUGCCAUGAUCUCCAAUUCGUUUCAAAAGAUUGAGGACGAUGCGGAUGUUGAGUGGAAGUUUGCACGCUCAAAACUCUACCUCAGUUACUUCAGGGAGGGUCUCACUAUGCCUGCUCCAUUUAAUAUCAUCCCGUCUCCAAAGGCUCUUUUUUAUAUCUUGAGAGGCAUCUGCCAAAAGAUUUGCUGCUGCUGUAACAAGAAAACCCCAGAAUAUCCUCCCAUCACCUCUGUGUCUAACAACACCCUGAAUAGCAGUGGAGGUCAAGGUGAGGGCAGAGUGCCAUACCGCCUGCAGGUCACCAAAGCUCUAGUGCACCGCUACAUCGAAGCUGCACGCAGAGAAUAUGAAGAGAGCAAGCGUAAAGAUGUGGGGAACAGAAUUACGGAGCUGAAUAAAGUUGUGGGUCGACUGCACACCGAAAUGAAGGACUUCCACCAGAAGCUGCAGUGGAGACGCAAGAGCAAGCCAGACCAGGCCAACAUUCUUGGCAAAUACAUCAUGGGAGCAAAGAACAACUUCCGUGACUUUGAUAAAAAUGAGGCAAUGGAGUGUCAAAAUACAGGUCUGCGAAUCAAUUUGUACCCCACAGUGGAGGAUGAUGGGAGGGAAAGAGAAAUCAAAGCAGGAGGGAUGGUCUCAGAGGAGAGGGAGGAGACAGAGUCCGAAGGCCCUGUGGAGCCCGUUCCAGGAGGAGAAACAGCUUUUGAGACUGCUAGCUCUCCCGCUGUAUGA